UCUUGAUCUGGUGCUGUCGAUCUGUGUACGCGAUGAUGAUGAGAUAAGUGCCGAAAUUAGUGUGUGUUGUUGCAGGGAAAAGGUGCCGUCAGAGGUAUGGCAUUAGGGAAGGUGCCACAACUCGCAACCGAUCGCCAAAACCGGGAAGUUGCCUAGUGAAAUGGAGAAAUUACCGAUUUGAAAGUCGGCCUUUUAACCGCAACAUCAAGUGCAAUAUUAGUGUCCCCAGCAAGAGUGGCAGUUGUGACGGGGAUAAGGUAGUUGUUUCAACAGUAAAACGAUACCAAAACAAAGUGAAACUAGGGCGGAAAAGAACGUGAACAACUCACCUUAUUUAAAUAAGCAGAAGAAAUAGAUUAGGAAGCAGCACCAACGUCAGCUCCAACGCACGAUGAAGUUCAUCAGCAGGAUCACCGUGUUUCUGCUGCUGCUCCUAGCUGGCGUGACCAAACCAAAUCAAGCAUGCAAACUUUACUCGAAAAGCAAUUUACGCACCAAAGCCGACGGUGUACAGUUCCUGCGGCUGAAGGAAGACUUCCCCGUCGGUGGUGAGAUCGUCUCGCUGUACGCGUACCCACGCAACUCGAUCCUGAUACCGCGCACGGAGAACUCGAGUGAUUACGAGUACUUCAAGCUGAAGGAAAUCAACAGUACCGUCGUGAGCGUCAUCCUGAACCGGAGUCUGGACGGGCUGGUCGAUUCCGACGAUCCGCAGAGCAUCCUCAAGUUUAGCGUGUUUUGCAGCGGAACGUCAGCGACCAACGCCAAGCAGGACAAUUCAUCAUUUUUUACAAUUACUGUUUACAUUGAAGAUAUUAACGAUAAUGAUCCCGAAUUUAUCAAUCUACCGUACGUGGUAACGCUCGACGAAUCAACGCCAAUUGAGACGGUGGUGUUUAAUAGAAUUAAGGCAAUUGAUCGUGAUAAGCCAAACACGCCGAAUUCCGACCUCGAGUAUGCGCUCGCGGCCAAACACAUGAAGAGCGGCGACUUUCCGUUUCGCCUCGAAGGUUCCCAGCGGCCAUCGUUGGUGCUGCAGCGACCGCUCGAUUACGAUGCCGGCUGGCGCUCGAUGAGCGUCCAGAUCGUCGCAUCCGAUCGGGGCAAUCCACCACGCACCACGAACGCCACCAUCCGGGUGAACCUGAGGGAUGUGGACGAUCUUCCGCCGAUCUUUACCCGUGCCCAGUACCGGACACGCAUCAAGGAGUCCUUUCCGCUCACGGGCAAACCGAUUCACAUCCCACUGUACAUUGAGCCCCCGAUAAUGGCGUUCGAUCAGGACUCGCUGAACGAAACGCUCGUGUACGGUAUAGUGGCCGGUAACGAGCGUCAACUGUUUUGGAUCUCACCGGAAACCGGUGUGCUGUUCUUGCAGAAGGAGAUCGAUCUGGACAGUGAGAGCCUACCGGACAACACGUUCACACUGCAGAUCGAGGCACAGCAGAUCAAUGACCCGACCAAGAAUGCCUUCGCACGUGUGGAGAUUGAGGUGAUCGACUUGAACGACAAUGUGCCCGAGUUUGAGGUCGACCUGUACAACAUCUCCAUCAUCGAGAACCUGCCGAAAGGGUUCAGCAUACUGCAAGUGAAUGCCAUCGAUCGGGAUCAGGGUGAGAAUGCUGAGUUCUACUACUACCUGAUGGACGAGGAACCGAAGGGUGCCUUCAUGAUCGACCACGGUUCCGGGUGGAUUGUGGUGCGGGAUGAAACAUUCCUCGACAAGGAGCAGCGUAGUUCGCUGAAAAUGAACGUUCACGCGGUCGAGCGGAUUGAGCAGUACGAUCGUAGUCGCAACUAUGGUAAGGUACAGGUGGAGAUCACCCUGCUCGACACCAACGACAAUACGCCGGAGUUUGAGCAGGGCACACUGUACGAGUUCAAGACACACUGCAAUGGGACGAUCGGAACGAAGGUGGGCCGAAUUCGUGCCCUCGAUCCGGAUGACCUUGGAAAUGGGAAGAUACAGUACACUAUCAAAAACGUACGCCCGAACCUUGUCAUCCCGUUCAAGCUCGAUCCGGACACGGGCGAUAUUCGUGUAUCGGAACAGCUGACGUACGGUAAAAUUGCAUUCUUCGUUGAAGCACGAGAUCAACCUCAGAAUCCUUCGGAGUCACGGUUCAAUGUGGCGCUAGUUACGAUCGAUAUCGUGUGUCAAUCGAUCGAGGAUAUCGAAUUUAUCGGUGCACCGUAUGAGUUCUGGGUUGGGGCGGAUGCUUCCAUCGGUUCUUCCGUUGGACAGAUCAGAACCACCUUCGACAUGGUUUCCGAUGAGGAGAUAUUCUUCGAUCUGCUGCACUCCUACCCAGAAGGUGUACCGUUUGCGAUCGAGGAACGGUCCGGCAUCGUGACGGUGAUCGAAUCGAUGGAGAAAUUCGAUCGACGAUGCUAUGAGUUCGAAACGGUUGUUUCGUACCUGCCUGACUCCGCCGGUAAGAACGUGGAACAGCUAACGCCCGAAGCGUACAACAGUCUGGAGAAGAUCAUCGUGACGAACGUUACGAUCCACGUGAUAAAGCACAACUUUAUGCUGCUGCGAGGCACCAACGCAACGCCGAUCGAGUUCCGUGUGAAAGAGAACAAACCGAACACGAUGAUAGGGCAGCUGAAGUUCCAAGAUUUUCAGGAGCAAUGUGAUGCUGACGAGAAGGGACUGCCACCGCUGAUCUCGGUGCGGGGCGACAAGAAUCGCGGUGAUCGACAGGUGUUCCAGCUGAAUGGAGGGAAAAACCGAACACGAUACGCACGGAGGUUCACGCGGGACGUGUCAGGCCAUUCGAACUUUAUCCGGCUGUAUCCGCUCGUGACGUUUGAUGCGGUGUUUAGUUCUGCCGGGAAUGGUACCAGGAAGGCAAGAAAUUCUCGUAAUCCUACGAGCGGUGUACAGUACUCGCUGGUGAACAGCUACGAUGUGGCGGAUACGGUUCGUCUCACGAACGAUGGCAAGUUGAUGACGAUCAAGGGACUGGAUCGGGAGAAGCAGGAUGUCAUACGGGUUACCAUUAUUGCGGAGUACUUUUACAAACAGCGCACAUUUGCCGGCAUUUAUCAGGUGGUGAUAGUGGUCGAGGACGAGAACGAUAACCCGCCGACGUUUAAUCAGCCAUUUUUCCUGGGUGUGAUUGCGGAAAACUCCCCGAUCGGCACUGAGAUUGUGUUGAAUAAUCCGAUCAUCAUCUCCGAUAUGGAUGCAGCGGGCCCCAACAGUGAGUACGAGCUGCUGCUGUCCGGCGAGUCGAACUCUUUCGUAGCUCAGUUUUCCAACUCGACGCUCUCGAACUACAACAAAACGGUGGCGCACAUCUUCCGCAACCUACAGAUAGCUAACAUUGAUCCGAGCGAGUCCCGUGUGCGUCCGGACUAUCAUCGUCCCCACAAGCAGCUGGAGUGCGGGAACUCCAGUACGCCGCACUACAACAUUCUGUUCAUGGGCCCCAACAAGCUCGACCGUGAGGAGAUAGAGAGUUUGACCCUCAAAAUGAUGGCCACCGAUCGCGACAACUUGAUGUCGGAGGUAGAGCUGAAGAUUCUCAUACUGGACGUAAAUGACUGUGCGCCAGUGUUUGAGCGGAUCGCCAUCUUCCGGAAGAGUCGCUGCGAGAUGAUCGAAAACACGAGCGACCUCGAGCUGAUGUACUUGGACGAGAUCGAGACGGAGGUGUUGCCCGAGUUUCUUGACGCUGGUCUAAUGGAGAUAAACAGUCGCGUAUCGUACGGUGUGGACAGUCUGUUUGAGAUGGUCCAGUCGGCUCCGUACGUUGGAAUGCCACGGCUCUACGACAGCCAAUCGGUAAUGGUUAAUCGAACCGCCGAUCGGGAACAUCUAACGAUGCGUCGCAAGCUCUACAAACAGAAAGUUCGUCAACGCGGACGUAACACACGCGCUGUGACGAAAAAAUCGCAGCUAAAGUUUGCUCUGCCGGAAAACGUGGAGGUGGGUAAAGUGAUCUUCAAGCUUACUGCCAACGAUGACGACUUUGAGAAAAACUCGAAGGUGUUUUAUGAAGUCGUUGGACAAACGGAUCUGAAUAGUGGUGAGCGAGUGAGCUACUUUAGAAUCGAUCGUCACAAUGGAGAGCUACGAGUCGCCAAUCGUCUUCCACCGGAAAGCGACGUUAAGCUGAACAUCACCGCCAAGGAUGUGGGCGGUCUGUCCGAUAUGUUGCAGGUCCAGUUCCGGGUGUACGAUGUGAACGAUAAUGCACCGGUGUUCGAGAAACAGUGGUACACGUUCAACGUGGACGAAGGAUCGUACCCGAUUACGGGCAAAAAGAUCGGACAGGUGCGAGCUAACGAUGAGGACAGCGGUAUGAAUGGGAAUGUCACGUAUAUGUUGCUCCCAGAAGGUGAUCAGAAGAUACCCUUCUCAAUCGCUCCGCUCGAUGGCACGAUACGAGUCAGUGGAGAGAUUGAUCGCGAAAUGGUGUCUUCCUAUCGGUUUCGAGUGCUUGCUUCGGACAACAAUUUUGAUCUCAAACUUUCGGCCAUGGUAGACGUGGAGGUGAUCGUGAUGGAUCGCAACGAUAAUAGCCCAGAGUUUACGGCGUACGAUGAUCUUAGAAGUGAUCGUAACAACAUCAAACGGCUGCCAGUGUACGUGGCGUAUCUUGACGUUAACUCGAAGGUGGGCACAUUCGUCAAGCAGGUUAUGGCCCGGGACAGUGACUUCCGAGAGAAUGGUAAUGGGCUGGUGAUAUACUCGCUCACCGGGCAGAGUGAUGUGCUGCAGUUCAGCAUCGAUCCAAAGGAUGGUGUCGUGACUACCGCUUCCAAGUUUGCACCGAACGAAAGCAACAGGAAAACCUACGAACACCUAAACGUGACAGUGGUGGCAUCCGACUUUGGAACACCACCCCGUUCAAGCAUGGCACUGCUGAUCGUGAAUCUGCAGGGAGAUACCCUUCAGAAGCAACCGGUGGAAGAUAAACCUCCGCUAUUCCCGUACAAGUACUACGAGAUCGAGCUGCGCGAAAAUGAUCCCGCACCGCGCAUUGUGCUCAACGUAACGCUCUCGAAGCGUUACACCAACGAUCCUUUCCGGUGGGAAAUUGUUGGCGAUACGUUUGACGAUCAGUUUCGCAUUGACGAACGGAAUGGAUCACUGUGGUUGUUGAGGCCGCUCGAUCGGGAGGAACGUGACUCGUACGAGGUUAGGAUCCGGGUGCAGAAGAUAAAGCGUGAAACGAGGAACAUUCCCAGCGUGCUGUAUGCGUUGGAGAAUCCGGUUAAGCGGAAAAGUAGUCGACUGUACGAUAAUGAGGUGGAGAUCAUGAUCAAGGUGGUGGACGUUAACGAUAAUGCACCGGUGUUUCGGGAUAACUACGGUCCUAUCAUAUCGGUCGUGCCCGACACAGCUAACUACGGCUAUGCGGUUAUGAAAGUUGAGGCCACGGAUGACGAUGCAGGAAGCAACGGUGAAGUGCGAUACUCACUGCUAAACGAACCAGCCCGUCUGUUUGCGAUCGACCCACUCACAGGACAGAUCCGAUUGCUCAACUCUCUGGCCACGUUCAAGGAGAAGGUGUUUGGGUUCGAUGUGAAGGCGACGGACCGGGAGGGAGCUGACGAUGGCAAGUCCACCAUAGCGAAUGUGUUCGUGUACGUGCUGCACGCACAUCAGGAGGUGUGCUUGAUCCUGGCCGGUCUGCCUGUGGACAUCGAGAAGCAGUUGGGCAUGAUCUCGUCCAGCUUGAGCACUGCCACCGGUUACGAUAUUCGAAUACGGGCACUGGAAACCAACACCAAAGUUGAUGAUGCGACAAACCUAUACCUGUAUGCCAUCGAUCGAAAGACCAACGGGCUUGUCGAAAUGACCGAACUUCAAAGGUCACUCUCCCGACUGGACAUGUCCAACUUGAAACCGAACCUACCCAUCAUCGAGCUUACCGAACUGGCGGUCAACACGAUCGAGCCGCACUCCUACGAUGCGGCCGGCAUGAAAGGCAUCGAGCUGGCAACGGUCGUCAUAGGAGGAUUAAUCUUUGCCGGUGGCACUGCGACGGCUCUCUGCAUUGCCUGUGCACGCUACAGACGCCUAAUACCUCUGCCGAACGGUGUUGGAGCCGGCGGUGGAGCUGGAGGUAGCAGCAAUACAUCAGCGGAGGACGUGCGUGUUCGAAGUACGGUGUCACGGAUUGGGCUGGGUAGCAAUAACAACACUACGGGCAGUACGCGACCCAUCACCGGUGCGGACAUACAGCCGGUAAUCAAUCGAUCCGACCUGAAGAGUUCCAUCUUCCAUCCGAACUUUCAUCGACAGUUCGUGACGAACAUCAGUACGGAGGCGGUCCAGGAGCAUAGCAAUGAGGGCAACAAUAGUGAUAGCUACGAGGACUCGCUGAAGGACUCACUGACGUCGAACACGAGCCUAUGACAAUCGGGGAAUCCUCCCGGGAGGACCUACUACACUGUACAGUUUAGACAUAAGGGUGAUCCAGAGGAGUAGAGUAGAGUGCGAGCCGUCCAUUGUACGAUUGUUGAUUCGUUUUUAAGCUAGGCUAAGUACCUGUACUGUACCACCAUAACAUCUCGACCGCGGCCUGUUUAGGAGCCGCACUGAAGAUGCAAGAGACUGUGUAAAUAAAUCCGUAAGCGACCUGCUUCAUCAUUUACCUUUUA